AUGGGGUACAGCAUGGGUGGCUUUGGCGCUAUUCAGCUGGGCUGUUUCGCCCCCGAGCUCUUUGAUGCAGUCGUGUCGGUGGCGGGCUAUGGGAUGGGCACUUCCGAGCCAAACAGUGGCUAUGGAGCACCGCAGCCCGUCAGUGGAGAAAUAUUUGAUCUUUUCCUGGAGAGAGAGGCGUGCAAGUUGGCGCGGGUGCCUGUUGUUUUGGCGGUGCAUGCUCCAAGCGACAUGUGCUCCUCCUUCAGAGAUGUUAGCGCAAUUAUCCAGAAGACACAAGAGACGGCCUGGGACACAUGGGAGCGAUCAACAGCAAAGCUGGUUCGAGUCCCUGAUGGCAUGGCCAAUUCAGACCACCCUGGCAAGAAGAGGAAGAGCAAUCAUGGCUACUUCAACUGCACCUUGCUGCACAAUGGAAGCGAGAAGAUGCUUUGGCGGGAGUUGCGCCGACUUGUGGACCGUGCUCCCCAGCGAGGAGGUGACAGCAUGGAUUGGGAACCUGAGAGAGGAUGGGGACGCUCGAGACGCUGGUCCCGCAUGUACGAAGAUCCCCCUAACUCGCGCAGCUGGGGUUGGUGCCCAACUUGA